AUGUCAGCUCGACCAUUCCGCUUCCUCGAUCUCCCGGCUGAGUUGCGCUGCAUGGUCUACAAAGCCAUCGAUGUAGCGACAAGGAAAGAGAUUUACAACCCCACGAAGAAGUGCGAGCCCCCCCGCGUCCGCAUGAAACGAGAUGAUGACUUUUCGAACGGCAAUGGUAAACUUGGCCUGUACCGACGCGUAUUGCCGAUGUCAAUCCUGGCAACCUGUCGCCUCGUCAAUCAAGAAGCCUCACCUAUCAUUGCUCAGAAACUCCAGAAAAUGGUGAAGGAGCCAGUGCGUUUUCGUAUGGACUGGGCAGCUGGCAAUUGGAUCCAGGAUAACUUGCACGACUGCCUCACCACUUCACCUGAAGCAGCGCUCGCCGGCGCCAGAUCUUCCGACUCCAUGUGGCAAUUCGUUUACACCUGCAGCUCGUAUCUUGUGGAAAUCGCUCGUUUACGCCCAGCCGACACUGUUUCUGCUGAUGUCGAAGUCACCGUUGCGACAUCCGAAUUGGAUUAUCGUUUCAUGGGAUGGGACCGGGAAUGCAUCUCAAAUUUUGUUCAGGGUCUCUGUCAGGGCUUCGGUAUUCGUUCUAGUAGACAGUUCAAGAAUUUACGUUCCGGCGUCGAUCUUCGUAUCGAUGCUAUAGUCAGCCCACAACAAGAUAAAGGUUUCCGCUUAGACAACUGGAGGAUCGUCGCCGGAAAACCAUCGAAUCACUGGAAUUACGUGGUUCACGAUCUGUCUAGGGACGAUUGGGAACAGCACGUGCAGAUGUUGGAAGAACUCUGA